CGUUGCCGUGACUGCUGCGGAAUCAAGUGUGUAGAUUGGUGCGUGAGUGGCUGCUGUGCGAGAGUUUGUGUCGACGCCCAUAGUCACCAAAGUCGCCCGGACGACGCAUACCUCGGCUACCCGGUAAUUCAUCGUUGAUCACCUAUAAGCGAUCUUAACAACCAAACAUCCAUCGUGUAAACGCUGUAAACCGCAAGAAAGUUUUGAAGAGCUAAGAGGAGUUCGCGUGGCGUUCCAGCCGCAUAUGUGCACACGCCUUUCUCACUCUCCUCGAGAGUUGUGCCGUUAUACGGAUUUUUCGUGUGACAUAAACUUAAUAAGUUCAACAUGCAGACAAUAAAGUGUGUAGUUGUCGGAGACGGAGCUGUGGGUAAAACUUGUUUGCUCAUAUCAUACACAACAAACAAAUUCCCCUCUGAGUAUGUACCUACAGUCUUUGACAAUUAUGCCGUCACGGUUAUGAUUGGUGGUGAGCCUUAUACACUUGGACUUUUUGAUACAGCUGGUCAGGAAGAUUACGACAGACUCAGACCUCUGAGUUAUCCUCAAACAGAUGUAUUUCUAGUCUGUUUUUCAGUAGUAUCACCUUCAUCCUUUGAAAAUGUUAAAGAAAAGUGGGUACCAGAAAUAACGCAUCACUGUCAAAAAACCCCGUUCCUAUUAGUCGGCACGCAAAUCGAUUUGAGGGACGAUGCGGCGACUAUAGAAAAGCUUGCAAAAAACAAACAGAAGCCUAUCACGGGGGAGCAAGGAGAAAAGUUGGCUAAAGAACUGAAAGCUGUCAAAUAUGUCGAGUGCAGUGCACUCACGCAGAAAGGACUUAAAAAUGUAUUUGAUGAGGCGAUACUCGCGGCUCUCGAGCCUCCCGAACAAGUGAAGAGGAGACGAUGUACCGUAUUGUAGAAGAAUUGUUGCCUAAACACUUCGACAAUUGGCCCUAAAAGCACUGCAUUGAUCGCAUAAACGGAUUUAUCUAUCAUUUUUCAAAGGGAGACAAGCAAUAUUUCACAAAAACAAACCCCAAUUUAACGGUCUCUCGCGUAUUUAAUAAAAAUAUAAGACAAUUUUUUAAAAAGUAAUUAAGAUUCUAAUACUAAUGAGAAACUUUUUAAUAAAUUAAUUAGCCAGGAAAUAAAAACAAAUGAUGAAUAGCUAGUUACACUGGAUCAAGCAUGCGGUUUUUAAUAUCAUGGAACUGUGUGUAAACACAUUGCGCGUCAGUUCCGCGGCGAUUUCUAUAUUUUUUGUAUAAAAAUACUUGUACAAAAUGAAUUAUACAAUUAUAUAUUGUAAUUGCGUAUAUAAAGAUUCGACAAAAAAGAUAAGAAAAAACAAAGGAAUAAGAACUGCAGCAAUACAAUAUACAUAUAUAUAUAUGUAUAUAUACGUAUAUAUAUACGUAUAUAUAUUCCAUCUAUCGUUUUAUUGUAUACAUCCAAGCGAAAAACGCUCAAGCUAUAAACACAACACGACGCUUAUUGUGCGAGUAAUAAAAUUUUCAAGACAAUUUUUUUACAAUUGCUCGACUGUAUAUUUACUUGUUUAAGAUCUUUUUCUUUUGAAAUUAUAUUUAUAAAUUAUUUUCCACAUAGUUCAUUGAACGACAUAUUUUCGAAACUAUGUUCGAACUUAUGUCUUGAUGAUUGCGAUUUAGAAUGUCUUCUAUGUUAGUCCAGAUCAAUUAUAUAUAUAUAUAUCAAUUUUUGAUAUACACUUAUAUUACAGUAUGUCAAUUUACAAACAAAAAAAAAUCAAAAUAAUUUUAUGUUCUAAGUGCCAAUUAGAGCGAUUGUGGUGCUCUAUUUUAAAGAUUGAGAUUUCUCUGAAAUCUUUAUAUUCAAUCUUUAUUUUUUCUAUGGAACGGUUGUAUGUUUUGUUUUCUUUAUUUUGGAACAAAACAUCUUUUGUUUACAGUACUGCAAGUUAAGAUACAAUUAGUCGAAUAAUCAUGUAAAUCUGAUAUGGAAUUGGAUUAACAAAUUUACUAAAAUAGAUGUUUUUGUGAUUACGUUUUUUUUUUAAAAUAAAAAUUAUUAAUAUAGGAUUUCGAAAAUAAAGCAAAAUCCAAGGUUUUGUUUGAUUAUUAUAGACACUUUUGGUUAUAUUAUUUAAGCAUUUUUUUAUUUACAUUAUGAUUGGUAUUUUAUUCAACGAUGAGAUGGAUAGAUAUUUAUAUAUAUAUAUAUACAGUCUGUUUUAGUUUCUCUCAGUUUUGGCCAUUUCACAGUUCCAACAAUUGUCACAUUAUUUGCUUGUUUUCUCUCACCUAUUACAGCUUGAUUGUUCCGAGUGAUUAUGACUUGCAACCGGGAGGAAAUUCAUCGAGAAAGGAAAAAAAGUGUAUCGCACCUAUGAUAGCGUAAAGAAGAAAAAAUACCUCAAUAUUAUUUUACGUUAAUCGCAGAUAUCUUCCAUUGACUUACGAAUUCCAUUGACAUUUCGACGAGUACACAUAAGUAAUAUUUGUUACUACUCUUUCAUUGACUAGACAGUAGUCAUGAAAUCUUGUUCUUUUGCUUCAUCUCUAUUUAUAACACUUGAGUACAGAACUUUCUAUACAUUUUAGUCAGCGGAAAUUCCUUCACAUACUUGGCAUUCGUUUCACAAUGUGAUAAAUCUACAGUACUAUCCAGGAAUGCGUAUGUUGUGUACGUUAAAACAUUGCAUCAACGACUAAAAUAUCUAAAGUAUUUUAUCGUUAAAUCAUCGGAUAAUCGGAUAAUAUAACGUAUUAACUUCAGCAUCAGCUUUUCUCAUCAAGGUUCAAUGCAUGAAUUUUAAUCUUAUUGAAGACCAACCUUCUUUCUUUCCUUCCGAGCAAAAUUUCGUCUCAUUUCAAAAAUCUCUAAAUAUCAUUAUCUAGCAAUUAUUUUAUUAAAAUAAUAUGUGAUAUCUUGCAUAAACUAGGUUAUAAUUUUUUUAACUAGGCUUAUCACAAAGCACGAAUUUGUUCUUACAAUUCGUGAUGUUAUGUCAGCAUCUUACUUAUAAAUCAGAAAUCAUUGGCGAAAAAUGUAUGUUUUUUAUUUUUCUCUACUCUUUCCACGCAUGAGUUACAAUCGUGCCUAUGUAACAUCGGAAAUUCGGCGGGUUUCAUGUUUGACGUUUUUGUCCAAUUUUUUUUAUUACAUUCAUCAUAAUUACGGCUUAAUGGUUGUAAGUAGUUUAACGUGUCCAUGCUCCAUUAAAUUUGCUUAACUUUUGCUAUUGUACUAUUUACAAUUAGGCCCUACUUUUAAAUUACCAAAGAAUUCUCAACUGCUUCAACAGAAUAAGGAAGGGAGUACAAGUUUCAUUCACACUAAUCUUAUUUUUUUCAUAAUAAAUGUUUAUAUAAAAUACCAAGCUCCCAUAUGUAAGGACAAUGUUGAAUUACACAUUUUUGCAUUCCUCAUAUUUCUUCGAGCUUAUCUUUAGAAGAGAAACAAUACUUAAUAUCGUAAGAUUUAUAGAAGUGUAUAUAUAUAGUUUUUGUUAACUCUAUGGACUAUGUCAAUAUAUCACGCUUAUCUGCUAUAAAGUUACACGUUAAGUUUUAAUACUCGUUUGUACCUAUACGUCGAGGAGUUUCUGCUUGUUUCGGGAUCUAAAAAUUAUAUUUAUUCUUUCGCAAAAUAUUCAUUUUUGUUGCUCUUUCAUAAAACAAUAGUGUAAAUAAAAGUCGUUCAAAUUUGUUAAAUUAUACAAAUUGUUGCUAAAAUUAUCAGCCUUUGUAUUUUCGGCGGAAACUAACAUUUUAAAUGAUUUGUGUUUCGCUGUACUCAAUUCUCAUUGAAAAAGCGCAAAGGCUGCAAAAUAGAAAAGUGCUAGAAAAAUAACAUAUGUUUCUCCGAUUUUACUUUUUACUUUCAGCUGUAUUCGGUUCCAAGAAAAUCCUGCGAGAGGAAAAAAUUCCGGGAAAGCGCAAUUGUAAAAGGUCUCUACGAGGGGUCCCAAAUACUCUGUGUGUGUGUGUGUGUGUCAAUGAUUACGGCCUACCGCGCACACGCGCGCGUGUUUUUAUGUUUCCUAUGAGAUAUAUUUUUUGUUAUUGUUGCUUGAAAGUUUUGGUUAACACGUCUAAAUCGGUUCUCUUCUUGUUUGGAAAAACGGUAUUUCUAUGUAUAAUUUGUUGCUCCAUGAAAACUUACAUUAGCUAAAAAUUGCCUCUCAAAUUGCUAUUAUAUCGACUCGUGGUAUAUUCAAUCGCUUAUUACAAAUAGUUUGUGCAUUGAAAAUUUAAAAACUGAUGAUAAAAAAAAUUACCUUUUGAAAAACUUCCGUAAAAAGCUUUGCGUAGUAAAACGUUUAAUAUUUCUAUUUCUUUUUACCACUUAUGCGAUGAAAAAACUACUGAAUAGAUUGUUGAUUUCCUUCUUUUUGUUUGGCGUUACAUCAUAUUGUCUUAGAAAUCUUUGCCUUACAUAUCAAACGACAGUUGCUCAAAGAUUUCGCACUUUUACGUAACACUUGUUUCUUCUUGCAUUUUCUUUCGUUUUGAUUUUCGAAUGGGAGAUAGUACAUUAAAAAAGAAAGGAAAUUAAACAGAAAAAAGUCAUUUGAAAAAUCUUUGGAAUGUCAUUUUACUAAUCAAAAAGAGAAAAAAAAGGUAACUUAAAUAUAACAAGGGUGCAAAUAAAUAAAUCACCUUAAAUUUGCACAUAUUCUCCGAUAUAUAAUAUGUAUAUAUAAUGUCGCACAAAAAUUCACGGUCGCGAUUUUUCUACAUCGAUAUUUCAUAAUAAUAAUAAUGUUAAUAUUACCGUGUAUAAUAUAUUUCCUUGUUGUACAAAUAAAAAAUAAACAAACUGUCACACGCUUUUCUCGCACAUCCAUAGUUGACGUCGACAAAAUCUUUGCGUUCGCUUAUCCAUUUAAAACGGAUGCUACUUUAUAUUAGCAAUUAAUUUUUUUUUGUCUCUCGCUACUCAUGUACAUAUGUUACGUGUCUGUAUAAUAAUACUUGAAUGUUCUUUUUUUCUUUUUUUUUAUUCGUUCGGUUUUAUGAUACCUACAAUAUCGCUAUAUCGUCUCUUUAUUUUAUAAUAGGCCAGAGUUGUAAUUAAUUAUUGCAGUCUUCAAUGUUUCAAGUCCUCGAGUUUUACAUAUCUCGAUUACCCAUUAUUUUUCUUUCGUGUCGUUUGUGUUUUUUUAUGUGAGUUUCUUUUUUUCGCUGUUAAUGUGCCUUCUAUCAUUUCUUAGUACAUUUUCCUUGUGCAACAGUAGUCAAUUUCCGAUAUUUCUUUUAUGUUGCAAAAAAGCGAUAGUGCACUUUUUUUAUCGUUUAUAGCUCGUCACGUACAUAUAUACUUGACAUUUUGUGUAUUCACACGCACGUAAACUUAAUAUCGUAUGAAAUACGUACGUUCGCUUAUAUUUUAUGUUUACCUAUAUCGGAAAAGACUAUACUGACUUUGACAAAAAGAAUCUGCUCAAAAAAAAAUGUAUAUCUUUAUCUGUAAUUUUUGGAAUAUUAUUGUAUUUGGCAUCGCAACGAUAUUGAUAAUCAAAUUAAUUUACACUAAGUUAUAAAAAUAAAGUAAAGAAUUUACUAAUAAAUAAAAGGAAAAAUACAAUGUCUCCGUUACAGUAUAGUCUCUUCUUAGAUUACAUGAUUUAUUUUUUGAAUCAAAGCCAAAUCACAAAAAACUAACUGUUCAGCUAUUACAAAGGCGAAUGUCAUUAUUAUUUAUAUUAGCAAAAAACGUUGAGUCAACUACGCGUAUAUGAGUUAUCUCGCGAUAAAUUAUACAUAAACUACUAUAUAAUCCAUAUAUAAUUUGAACAACAAUCAUUUCAUCGACGAAUUUAUUAAUUAGUAUUCAUAUAACUUUGUUACUUAGAUACGCUGAACGCAAUACAUUUGAAAAUGAGACUGUCGUUAUUUCAUUUUACAGCAAUAAAUAUGUACAAUUUGCGUUAUGAAACGGAAGAAAAAACAUAAACAUAAAAAAGAUAUCUAUGUUAAACGGCUCGAAAUAAUAUCACAACAGGAGUUUAAUACUAACACACCAAACUUUGGUUGAUAUUUCGACCGUCGUGUCCUCUUCUGCAAACAAUCAAUCGAUUACUAGUUCCUUACCUAUCUCACAACAAUCUUCGCUUUCACUAUCAACUUUCAAUUUUAUUAUAUAUUGAUAGAUAAGUAUUGUUUCUGAUAAAAUUUUUGAAUGAAAUUCAAAGAUUAUAGAAACCCUGACGCUCCGAAUUGCGAAAUGAAAAAAUACUUUGUUUUUCGACAGCACGUUGCUUAGGCAAUAAAUUUCUGAGAAAUUCAACAAUAAAAACACUUGUCUAUCAAUGCAUAUGCAGCUCCUAAAUGCCUCUCAAAUUAUCGAAAAGUAAAUAUCUUAAUUUAUGGAAAAAUGGCUCACUUUUGUCGACUUGGUUUAACAAAUAUAUCACUCUAUACUCGCUAAAAAGUUACAACGGAAAACGUACGAUAGACUUCCUCAUGUGUGAAUUAUCAUACAAUUAUAUAUAUAUACUCCACUAGAUAAAUAGAAUAUGUUAUGAUUACUCCCCAGAGAAAAAGAGGGAGUGAAAAGAAAUCUUUGUUUUUCUACGACAAUUGCGUUACGUAACAGGGACAUUUUUACUAACAUUAGUUAUUUUUUCAUCCAUUUGGUCGUCAAGGACCGAAGAGCUUUACAUCUUCGUCGCUUCGUGUAUACAAAUCACCGUUCACUUAUUAGCUUCUAUGGAUAAUUUUUUUGGCGAUAAAUUACGACCGGAUACUAUGAAUGUUGUUUGUACACAACACGUUUACAAUGUUUUCGCGCGUGGUCUACGUUAUUUUUUUUCAUUUUGCGGUUUUUUUUUAAAACUAAAUGUGUAUCGCAUCUACUCUCCGGUGUAUCUUUGGCGUGUAGUUGCUCGUAUUUAUUGUUUUGUUUUUUUUUUUCAUCAAAGCAUCUGUUUUUUUCUUCUUUUGCGUCUUAAACAAUUAUCAAAUACUACUUGUUUUAAUACUGCGAGAUUAUUUGCUUAUUUUUUUCAGCGUUCCAUCGCUCACAAUGACAAACGAAAGCAACUUAAGAGAGAUGUCAUCGGGCGAAGUGGAAAAGAUUGACUAAAAAUCCAAAGGAUCGUAGAAAAGUCAUCCGACACUCAUAUAAAAUUACAAAAACAUCUAUGUGAUCAGCAAUUAUAUUUCAAAUCAAAAGUUGGAGCAAAAGUUGCAGCCUCUUACGUCACGUAACUUCUGGAUAAUGUCAAAAAAAAUAAAAAAAAAAAAAAAAAAAACAAAAAAAAAAGAUCGUAAGUACAGCCAAAAAAAUCUGCGCAUACUCCAAGGGAGAAAGAAACGAAAUCAGAUUCUCCCGGUGGAGUCGUGACACGGCUCUGCCAUUACAUGAGAUCGCACUUGAUCAAUUCCCUGUCGCCGUGCAGCGCGUAAAAUUCCUCUCAGACGUUCAUCGCGUAGUAGACGGGGUUCUGCGCGUCCACGAUGUUGCCGGUGCCGUUGUCGUUGGCGACGAAGGACGCGGCGAUGCUGGCCGCGCUCUGCGUCGUCGUGGCCAGCAGUCCGGCGUUGGCCGCCGAGACGUAGUCGUGGCUCGGCGCGCUCGCUGCGCCCUCGGGCACGCCGCGCUCGGCGACGCUGCAGCUCGAGUUCCGCUGCAGACUGCCCAUGUUGCCGAUCGGCAAUUUGGUCGGCGACGACAGCAGCGACGAGCUGCCGGAGCUUAUGCUGCCCGGCAGCGACGAGUUCGCCAAGAUGCUCGCGCUGCUCAGCAGGCCGCUGGUUAGUUGCGACGUGGCUGUUAUGCUCGACGGUGUUGGCAUGUCCGCUGCGGACAG